AAUGAUUAAAUUAGAGGCACAUACCUUUCAUCAUAAAAAUGUUAUGAUUCCAACUUAAUUAUCAAAUAAAUCUCCCAUAGAUAUAGUAAGAUAGAAAAAAAUAAUAUUCAAAAGAGAAUUGUUAAAUACAGAAUAGAAUUAUAUAGUUCAAGUAACACUCUAUUUCUAUUUAGUCAGACUGAAGAAUAAUAAGAAAUUAUAUAUAUCAAGCCAGAUAUUCCAGAUCUCAUAAUUACAGAUCUUACUAACAUGGCAAUAUAGGAAGAUAUAUCUGAAUAUUAAGCCUUAGAGAAUCAUGUAAGAGCAGCUAAACUAUUAGAAUAUUUCACAUAGAAUUAGUAAUCCAAAUUUUUAUAUUAGGAUUCAAGUAUAAUAUACUUCAGUUUUAUUCUCAAAAAUUAAUUAUGCCAUUAUCUUAAAAAAAUAUGCUGUUUAAAAUGAAGCAUUAGAAUUAUUAUUAGAUUGUGAUUAAAUUCUUAAAAUUAAAGGAAAGACUCUCAAAAAAACACCAACUGAAAGUUUAAGUUUAGCAAAAAUAAUCUAAAACAAAUUAUUGAGAUUAAGACUUAUAUUUCAAAUAGCUCUUCUUUUCUCAGAAACCAAAAAGUAAACUUCAUUUACUAUAUAUAUAAGGAAUAAACAGGCAUUAGAAAUGGCUAAAAAUGCUUUAGUAAUUCUAAAAAGCAUUAUAUAGAAUACAAUCAAAUUAUGUCAGCAAAUUACAAUUUUAUCUACAAUCAAUAAAAAAUAAAGAGCUAAUUCAGAAAUUAAUUCUCCUUUAUAAAAAAUUUAAUCAUCCUAAUCAACUAUUUUACCUCCAUAAUAAUAAUAAUAAUAAGUUCUAUCUUAUCCACAAAUUGUUGAAGUAGUUUUUAAAGAAAUUCUAACAUCUAUUAAAUCUAUGUUGCCAAAUGAUGAUAAAUCAUAUGAUGUUUAGACUGCUCAAAAUCUAAUGGUUCGAAGUUAUUAAAAUAGAAGUCAAUCUUUAUUUACAGUUGAUUAAGUCUUUUAAUAUCAAAAUAAUUAAUAAAAUAAAUUAUUCUCUAUUAUCGAUGACAAUCAUCCUAUGUUAUAAAUGUAAAUUUUAGGGUUGAUGUAAUUAACUUAUGUAGAUUUAGAAGAAUUAUUUCCUAUUAAUAGUUAUGAAAUGGUUAUGGCUGAAGAAGUAAUCUUGGAAUUAGUAAAUAUCAUUAAUAAAUUAGAUUAUGUUGACAGGAUUAUCUUUCUAUAGUAUCUCGACAGAACUUAGAUUCAUUAAUAAUUUAUCUAAUAAAUUGACUGUUGAAAUUUGGUUAGGAAAAGCUAUGGAAAUCUUCUAUACUUAUGUACCUCAUUCGAGUGCCAUUUUUAAUUAGAUUUAUUAGGUCUAUUAAAAAUUAUAUGGAGUUGAUAAAUAAUCUAUUGUAAUUUAUUCAUCAGAUAAUUUAGCCAGAGGAUGGAGAAAUAGAAUACCAUACCAAAUUACUUAAACCACAUCCUUUUAAUAAUAAAUCUACUCUCUCUAAUAAAGUUGUUAUUAUUAUCAAAGUUCCUCAUCAAACUAAAUUAUCUUAAGAAAUAGAUACAAAGUAAUCUUAGAAUACUUAAACUAAUUUUCAAAAAAUCUAUUAAACAAUAUUAGCUAAAAAAUAAAUCCAACUUCCUUAAAAACAUAGUGUUACUCAACCUGACACUGAUAAAAAAUUAGAUACUAUAUAAGACGAACAUGAAAAGUCACAUUUAUAAUUAUAAUAAACACUUAUCAAAAAAAAUAAUAAUUUCCUUAAUUCAAAUGAUAUUAAAUAGAGAGUAGAUAUUUUAAUGAAUUAAAUUCUUAAUUAAUAAGCCAAAUUAACUUAAGAAAAAUUAAAAUAAAAACAUGCACCUAUUACUAUUUUAAAAUAAAAAUAUUAGAUAGCUAAUAAAGUUUAGGAAAAUUAGAAAACCAUUAAUCCAUUAAUCUCUUCAUAAAAUAAAACUACUAUCUCUGGUAGUAGAUCACUUUCUAAUUCAAGAAAAACUAGUUAAGCUAAUUUAAAAAACUAAUAAAAUAGUAUCAAAAUUGCUUAAAUGAGAUAUAGAACUCAAAUGAGCACAAUUCCUACAGAUGAUUCAUCUAAAUAACUUGCUUUACAAAUUGCUGCUCAAUUAACUAGUUUUAAUCGCUAAAAUAAUGUAAAAUUUAUUUAAACUUAUAUUUAGAAAGGAUUUCUUUUAAAAAGAAGUGAUUCUGCAAAAAAACCAAAAGUUCCAUUUUAAUAACGCUGA